ACCUAUUCCCACAAUGCACUGGGAGGGACUUAAGGCGCCUUUUGUCGGGGCUGCAUGUCAUGUCAACAAGCUCGGCUCGGCUUUAAUCAGAGCUAUCUCAUACAUGAAUAUCACAAGACGCUGGUUCCGCAGGAUAGACAGUCUGUCUAUGAUCACACUGCCUAACGGCCUGUAACGUUGAAUAUCAGCGACAUGGCACCGUUCAGCUUAAUGGCAGCAAGUGUUAGCUGCUUGGCUAAGUCCUUCAGUAUCUUCUCCUGCACAAGUGCUCUGGCAAGGUGCACCACUGUCCUCCCAGGUACAAACUUCAACCUAGUGAGAUGUCUGACCUCUCCGGCCAGUGUCCCUCCAAAGCGACCUCUUAAUGCAUACAUGAGAUACGUUGUUCUACAGAAGCCAGUCAUUGCCAGACAACAUCCAGAUGUCAAGAUAAUAGAAAUCAUCAGAAAGGUUGCCCAACAGUGGAGAUCAAUGAGCCCGCAACAGAAACAGCCAUUUGAGGAAGCCUAUCAGCGUGAAAUGGAACAGUUUCAGUUGGACUUAAAGCAUUACCAAGCCAAGCUGACCCCAGCAGAGAUCCAGCAACAAGCCCUGGAGAGGAGACAGAGGCUGGCCAAGAGGAAGGCAACCCGUAAAAAGAGGGAGUUGAGCAGCUUCGGGAAGCCCAAGCGUCCUCGUUCUCCAUUCAACAUUUUCAUGUCUGAGCACUUUGUGGAGGCUAGGGGAACCACCGUAAUGGAUAAGAUGAAUUCACUGCUAGAGGACUGGAGGAAUCUGUUCAGUCAUCAGAGACAGGUCUAUACACAGCUGGCUGAGGAUGACAAAAUUCGUUACAAGAAUGAGAUGCUGUCGUGGGAGGAACACAUGGUGGAGAUUGGACGAUCAGACCUGAUCAGAGAGCAGUCAACCAAGAAAGCCACUGCUAAAACAGUGGAAACUACAGUGGAUGUAAAAAAGAAGGCUAAAGCUAAGGCAGUGAAGGCAAAAGGAAAGUCAACAGCAACCGGGAACAUGACGAAAAGUAGCCCCAAAGCUAAGACAGUGAAGGUCACGGCCACAAAAGGAAAGUAAAAACCAACCAGAAAGACAACGAAAGUAGCGCUGAAGAAACUGUCUGAGAUGUUUUUUUUGUCUACUGAGUUUCAAGGGAAAAAACAUCUUAAUGAUAAGUGAAGAGUUCUGAUGACCAAUGCCUCAGAUCUGUUUGGUUUUUCAAAUAACUUGAAAGUCACAAAGUUCCCAGUUGUCAUGAAUGCUUCAACAGGGCAAAGCUUUUAGAGCAUUCGGAUGGAUCAACAUCACUUUAUUACAGCCCACCAAUGCCUGUGUUCAAUGAAAAGGCGACCAUAUUAACUCUGAAGGCAGGACACAGUGAAGGCUUAGAAAAGUGAUAUAUUUUAAAUGUAUUAUUUUACUUAUAAGGUGUUAAAGAUUAUUGGCACACAGAUACUGUUCAGAGGUUUCAUAACACUGAGUGGAAUCACAGUAUACUUGAGGGGAAUUUAAAGGUUACUGUUGCCGUCCAAGAACCAGCUGUUUGUCUUGUCAACACACCCAAAAAGCAACAAAUAAGUAGUCUGUCCCUUAAUAAAUUGCUGUAGUUUAUAGUGAACAAGGAGUCCUUCAGGCGUUUGAUGAAAUUAAAAAUCUAGGAUAAUUGCAGCCUCAUCCUUUACACAACUGUGGAUUUGUGUGCUUUGAUAUGUUAGCCAGUUGGGUGAGUAUGUUUCUGCAAUGUCUAAAGUGCCAUUGGUGCAGAUUAACAGAAAGCACUUCCUCAAAUGACGGUAACAUGGUUCCCAUGAUUGCAACUUGACUGAAGUCUUUGUCUCAUCGCAAGUGUAUGCUAGCUUGUACAGUCGCAACCUCAACUGUGAAAUCCUUGAACUUGUCUUUCAUGGCAAAAGCAACAUUACUGACAUUUUGCUUAUUUAACACCAAAAGGUCCAAAUCAUGCUUUUUUUUAAGUCAAGUUUUAUGAGAUGUUUUCUGGUUUUGUUCAUUGCUCUUAAAAAAAUUGCAACAAAACUCUGCUAUGAGAGUUCGUUCACAUUUUUCUUUUGGUGGCGUGAAGUGUUAUGAAGUUGGCAAUUGGACACUCAUUUCCAUUUCACAAAAACAAACCAUUAUUUUUCAGGAUAUUCUGCCGAAGUCAGUUAAUGAUCCUAAAUCCAGAUUCUCUCCGGCCUUUGUAAAGUCACAUCUGUUCAUUAUGAGGAACAUACACUUGGUAUUUGCUGUUUCUUUUGCUUGUAGAAAGUAUUUAGCGCUCCCAUGUUCAUGCAGCAUCGACUAUGGCUAAUCGUUUUCUUUGUUUUGUUUGUUUAUUGAAUAAACAUUUACCUUUCUACAAAAUGA